CCGGAGGAAUACACGCAACAAGACGUUUCUUCCUCUCCGAUAGCUUUAACACCUGAAACGAGUCGAUUAUCUGCCGCACACUCAGCUGAGCGCUAACAGCACACAAGACGAUCAAUCGAUUGAUUAAACACUUUUGUUACACCUUUAACACUUUCCGGUAAAGUUCUUUUUUUCUUUUUGAUGGGAGGUCAUGAGCGAACAACAGUCUGUUGAUUCCUCUGCCUAAUCAAUCAGCCGCGAUGGAGCAGUUGAAGACUUCGUGUUUCUGCUCGGGUUUAUGGUAGUUAUUGAUCUAUCGUUGAUGAUCGCGGAGUGAAUGUACCCUCGCACUGACAUGGAUCUUCAGGUGAUCGUGUGGCUGUUCUACUGCUUUCUGCUGCCCACUGUGCUGUUAACAGCUUGUCUUUUUCGCUACAACAUCCUGUCGCUGGUUUACUUCCUCUACCUGCUCCUUCUGCCGUGGUUCCUGUGUCCCAACAAACACACAAUCAGAGGUCACACAGGUCGGUUUAUCAGAGCGGUAUUCUGUACCAGUCUACUAUUUGUCCUGGCACAUAUCUGCUUCCAGACAGUACUAUACACAUAUCCUCCUCUCAACAUCGCCAUGGGUGAUAACUGUUCACAAUGGGACAGCAUAAGUAGACAUAUUGGACUGUCCAGGUUUCCCCUGGAUGAUCCCUGGAGUGUGUUGUGCCUUGUGUGUCCUGAUUUGGGUGUGUGUAUGGUUGCCUUGACAACAAUCAUCCUCUGCAGAAGAUUGGUCAGAAACAGAGAAAUGGUGGCUGCUGCCAACAUUACAUCGCUGGAAGAUGAUCCAACAGACAAAAUUACAGAUGAUGAAGAGGAAGAGAUGUCAGAAGAUGAAUAUAAAGAAGAGGGGUCAUUACAUGGUGACCCUGAAGAGGAGAUUUCUACAUCAACCAGAGCUAAACAGCUGGCUGAGCGUCUGAAGGCCACAGCUCGGAAAGUUCUGCGAGACUUGGGGAGAGUCUUGGCCAUCAGCCUGCUGGCUUUGGCUGGCAUCACACUGCCCUCUGCCUUCUCAGCCAUCUAUUUCCUGCUGUUCAUCGGUGUGUGCACAUGGUGGGCGUGCCACCUUCCCAUCAGUCACCUUGGUUUCAAUGCACUAUGUGUGAUGGUGGGCUUCUUCACCUCUGGUCACAUGGUUUGUCUGUACUUGUACCAGAGUCUGCUGGCCCAGGCCCUGUUCCCCCCACACAGUUUGUGGGCCAGACUCUUUGGUCUAAAGGAUAUCAUCAAACCAGAAAACUGCUCCUCGACCUAUGACCUCAACCUUAAUACUCAUCAUGAUUGGCCAGUUUAUGUCAACCCAGGAAUACUGUUCCUUCUUUACAUUACCAUAGCAACCGUUCUCAAGACAGGAUGUCAUGGAACACCUAACCAGCAGGUUGAGGAGGAACAGAAGCAGGAGAAAAGGGAAGUAUUAAAGGAGGAGAUGGUGGAGUUACAGUCAUGGACUCAACAGAAGGAAGAUGACACACAGCUCAUGCUCCUUUCUAUGGGAACAGAAAGCAGCGGCGGAGGAAAUGUGGCUGGAGAUAGUCCGCCAGAUCUGGGUGUCAAUGGUGCCCCCAGUGACCAGCAGAGUGAAAGUCCGUUUUUCCUGCUUGGAAAGGUGGUCAUGCAGCAGAGCUAUGUCUGUGCUCUCAUAGCCAUGAUGGUUUGGAGCAUCACGUACCACAGCUGGUUGACAUUUGUGCUGCUGCUGUGGGCUUGUCUUAUCUGGAUCCUGCGUGGCAGACGGCAUGCAGCCACACUGUGUUCCCCUUUCAUCCUCCUGUAUGGCCUGGCUCUGUGCUGUCUGCAGUAUAUCUGGGCCAUGGAGCUUCAGCCUGAACUGCCCACCACUGUGGGAACCAUGAGCCUCAGGCAACUGGGACUGGACAGAGCCCAGUACCCCUGUCUAAGACUGGGAGCUAUGCUUCUGUUCACUUUAACCUUCUGGCUGUUGGUACGUCAGUCAGUGAAGGAAAACUUCAGCAAGAAGAGGAAAAUGGCCACACCACUACAGGAAGUUACUACAGGAGAAGAGGAAGGUGGUAAUGAAUCGGUGCUGAAGGUUCUGGGAGGCAUGGUGAUGAGCUGUUAUGCCAAAUACUGGAUCUAUGUGUGUGGAGGGAUGUUCAUCAUGGUCUCCUUUGCUGGAAAGCUUGUUGGAUACAAGAUCAUCUACAUGCUGCUGUUCCUGAUCUGCCUCUGUCUCUAUCAGGUGUACUAUUCUCUGUGGAGGCGUCUGUUGAAGCUCUUCUGGUGGCUUGUUGUGGCCUACACCAUGCUGGUUCUGAUUUCCAUCUACACUUACCAGUUUGAAGACUUCCCUGGAUACUGGAGAAACUUCACUGGUUUCACAGAAGAACAGCUGGCAGCAAUUGGUCUGGAGACAUUUGCUCUGUCCGAACUCUUCAGCAGUAUUCUGAUCCCAGGCUUCUUCCUACUGGCCUGUAUUCUGCAGCUGCACUAUUUCCAUAAACCCUUCAUGAGAAUCACAGACCUGGAGCAUGUUACACCUAUACGCAAGAAGAAGAACAGUGAGAGGACUGAAGAGAAUGAUUCUGGUAAUGUGGGGGUGAACUUUGAAGAGGAGCACCUGGUGACUAACAUCGAUGAGGAAUCUGAAGAUGAAGUGAUGAUUCCCAGUAAGUGGGGUCUGGUGAUGGACAGGUUACUGGUUCUGUCCAGAAGGUUCUCUGACAUUCUCACAGAGGUCCAAGUAUUUCUUUGGAGGCUUCUGGAACUCCACAUCUUCAAGAUGGUGGCCUUCUUCUCUGUGUGGGUUGCACUUGAAGAGCCAUCAGUGAUGAACCUAGUCUUGGUGGUGUUGUGGUCUCUGGCAAUACCAUACGGUCGCUUCGGGCCCAUGGCUUCCUGUCUGUCUACAGUCUGGGUUUGUGUCAUCAUUGUGUGUAAGAUGCUGUACCAGCUCAGUGUUGUCAACCCUGUUGAGUACUCCAGUAACUGCAGCCUGCCUCUAACAAAUGAAACAAAUCUGUUGCCAGAGGAGAUGUUGAACUCCUCUCUGUAUAAGGAGCCAGUGGAUCCAGCCAAAUGGUUUGGCAUCAGGAAAGAUGCCACUGUACUAGGAUACAGCAAGAACCAUUUAAUAGUUCUGAUGUUGUUGGUGUUUGAGGCGACAGUGUAUCGUCACCAAGCUCAUCACUACCGUCAGCUCCAACGAUCUCCCCCCACCAUCCCUGCUCUAUUUCCCACUGCCACCAGGGACACUCUAGACCAGGGCCUGAUACCCUGCUUCAAGUACCUACUCAACUACACCUUCUACAAGUUUGGAUUAGAGAUUUGCUUCCUGAUGACGGUAAAUGUGAUUGGCCAGCGAAUGAACUUCUUGGUGAUAAUCCAUGGCUGUUGGUUGGUAGCCAUGUUGGUGAGGCGGAGGCGUGCAGCAAUUGCCAGGAUCUGGCCCAGAUAUUGUCUCUUCCUGUCCAUCUUCAUGAUCUACCAGUAUCUACUGUGUGUGGGCAUACCGCCUGCUCUUUGCAUAGACUACCCAUGGCGAUGGAACACUCCAGUGUUGAUGAACUCAGCUCUCAUUAAAUGGAUCUAUCUGCCUGACUUCUACACUGUACCUAAUUCUAAAAACCUCAUAGCGGACUUUGUGCUGCUGAUGUGUGCAUCCCAGCAGUGGAAGGUGUUUGAGUGUGAGCACACGGAGGAGUGGAUGGUUCUGGCAGGGGAGAACACGGAUGACCCUGAACCGAUGGAAGGUCGAUUCUUUAACCCUGCACCCAACUUUAUUGACUGCAGGAGCUACCUGGACAUGGCUAAAGUUUUGGUGUUUCGUCACCUCUUCUGGUUUGUGCUGUCAGUGGUCUUCAUCACCGGAGCCACCAGGAUCUCUGUGUUUGGAUUGGGCUACCUGCUCGCCUGCUUCUUUUUUCUGCUGUUUGGGACCCAGCUUUUGGUCAAACAAUCCAGGACCCGCCUCGCCCUGUGGGACUGUCUCAUCAUUUACAACGUGGCAGUCAUUAUAUCUAAAAAUAUGUUAUCAAUCCUGGCAUGUGUGUUUGUGUUUGAGAUGCAGAAGGGCUUUUGUUGGGUGAUUCAGCUUUUUAGCCUGGUUUGCACAGUCAAAGGAUACUACGACCCGAAGGGAGUGAGUGACAAGACCUGCAGCCUCCCAGUAGAAGAGGCAGGGAUCAUCUGGGACAGUAUCUGCUUUCUCUGCCUUUUGCUGCAGAGGAGGGUCUUCCUCAGUUUCUACUUCCUGCAUGUGGUGGCAGAGCUGCAGGCUUCUGCCAAACAGGCCUCAAGGGGGUUUGAGCUCUUCAGAGCUAGUAUCGUGAAGAACAUUAAGUUCCACCAACAAGCUGAGAAGAAAUCUCUGUCACAGCUGAAGAGAUCGAUGCAGAGAAUUCGCUCCAAGCAGCAAAAGUACAAAGAUGGACACAAAACAAAUGAAGAUUCCAACAAGAGUCAGACUAUUGAGACCCAGACAGACAAGAAGAAGCCCAGGAAGACAAAAUGGUACCAGCCAUGGCUGGACCAUGCUACAGUGCUCCACUCAGGAGAGUACUACCUCUUUGAAUCAGACAGUGAGGAUGAAGAGGAGCUACACUCUGAAGAACAGAAGCCUCAGAAACAGACUGCUAGUCAGUUGGCAUACCAGGCGUGGGUGACCAGUGUGAAAACAGCUUUGAGAGAACGUCAGAGACGGCAGAAAUACUUGAGGAGGAUUGAGAUAAAAGAGAGAGAAGGAAGAGUGGAUUCCCAACAAGACCCUUCCUCCGUGAUCGGCUGUGGGGAGAAUGACGUGUUUGAAGAGCUUGUCACUCAGGAGGAGGUAGAGGAGCCAGAGGAACAGGAGUCUGGUCAUGGUGAGAUGGUUCAGAGGAUUUUGGAUAUCCUGCGCUUCUUAUGGGCCAUAGUUCUGGCCAUGGUGGAUGGACUGACUCAGUGGCUCAACCUGCUGACCAAACAGUACAGAGAGACAUCUACCGUUCUGUGCAAUGAACGUUAUUUCAUCAUACACAAGAUACAGCAACAUCAUACCACCGCAGACGUCACAGAUGACCAGGUGUCUCAGGGCAGUGAGAGUCCCACACUGGAGACCUCUUUGGAUGAGACUGAUGCAGAAAACUUAACCAGAUACAGCUGCCUGGAGGUGGAUAGCAGGGGUGUGACAGGCCAAUCUACUCCCAGGCCAAGGCUCAACAGCGCUGGGAACCUCUUGAGUCCAGAACCUCAAUCCAGCAGGAUGGAGCUGGUAUCAGUCUCAUCCAAACAACAACACAGACACUCCAGAACAGCCAGCGAGCUACUGGGAGACAGGCAGUUCUUCAUUGAGGAACUGGAACAGAGCAGAGAGUUCUAUAACAACCAAAACCGUCUGCUGAAGCUGCUGUUUGCCAUGUACAACCUGCUGGCAGCUAACUCAGAGCUAGUCUGCUAUUUCAUCAUAGUGUUAAACAAUGUGGUCAGUGCCUCUGUGAUAUCACUGGUCCUGCCCAUAUUGGUGUUCCUAUGGGCUAUGUUAGCUGUUCCAAGACCAACCAAGAGGUUUUGGAUGACUGCUAUAGUUUACACAGAGGUGAUGGUGAUAGUGAAAUACCUUUUCCAGUUUGGAUUUUUUCCCUGGAACAGUGUUUAUGAGAUGACUCUGAACGAAGACAAACCUUUCUUCAUACCUCGAAUCCUGGGCCUGGAGAAGACUGACAACUACAUCAAAUAUGAUCUUCUUCAGCUGCUGGCUCUGUUCUUCCACAGAUCCCUGCUCAUGCGUUAUGGCCUGUGGGACCACGAGGGCCCCCUAGAGGAGCAGAGCCCCUCAUCAGAAAGUUGUAGAAAUGAAGGAAAAACUAGAGACGAAGAUGAAGAUGGAAGGAAAAAGGAAGGAGAAGGAGAAGAGGAGGAGGGCAGAGACAGCUCAAUAUCCAUCCUGGAAAACCUGGAAACUGAACUGGACCAUCCUAAAAUGGAUAAUGUGGACUAUGCUGAACCAAGUACCAGCUCAGCUGCUGCUACCCCACAACCUCCUGCAGUGGAACCAGUACCCACUGGGUCAAAAGAUGGACAGGAAACUCUGUUUGGGUCUAAGGACAUGUCGAAUCGCAGUUGCUUGAGGGAAGAUAACGUGAACGGAGACAAUGACAUGGUGAUAGAGGACAUUCCAAAGAAGAGCAGUAGUAUCCGCUCCCGCAAGAAACCUAAACAACCCAAACAAUGGUGCAGCAAAGUGGACCUCACGACUGAGACUGCUGAUCCCCAUGAAGAACCAGUGAAGAAAAAGCAGAAAGGCUUGAGGAGAGAAGCAGCCAGUCAAAAACUGCUCGCUGUUGGACACAAGAUAAAGAAUGUCUUCAUCUCUUGUAUUCAGAGUGUUUACAGGCCGGCUCAGAGCUUCUUCAGGGGUAUUCUCCAUGCUGAGUAUCGAGCUGCCACCGAUGUCUAUGCUCUCAUGUUCCUGACUGAUGUCAUCGACUUUAUUAUCAUCGUCUUUGGGUUUUGGGCUUUUGGGAAACACAGUGCAGCAGCUGAUAUAGCCUCCACCCUAUCAGAGGACCAGGUUCCUGAGGCCUUUCUAGUGAUGCUACUCAUCCAGUUCAGCACCAUGAUCAUUGACAGAGCCUUGUACCUGCGCAAAGCCGUCUUGGGAAAACUCAUCUUCCAGGUGACCCUUGUGUUUGGGAUCCACCUGUGGAUGUUUUUUAUCCUACCUGCUGUCACUGAAAGGAUGUUCAAUCAGAACUUUGUGGCCCAGCUCUGGUACUUUGUCAAGUGUAUUUACUUUGGCCUGUCAGCCUAUCAGAUUCGUUGUGGAUACCCUACUCGUAUCCUUGGAAACUUCCUCACCAAGAAAUACAACCAUCUUAACCUGUUUCUCUUCCAAGGGUUUCGUUUGGUGCCAUUCCUGGUGGAGCUGCGAGCAGUGAUGGACUGGGUUUGGACUGACACCACUCUGUCUUUAUCAAACUGGAUGUGUGUGGAGGACAUUUAUGCCAACAUCUUCAUCAUUAAAUGCAGCCGUGAGACAGAGAAGAAAUACCCACAGCCUAAAGGGCAGAAGAAGAAGAAGAUAGUGAAAUAUGGCAUGGGUGGACUCAUCAUCUUCUUCUUGAUCUGCAUCAUCUGGUUUCCCCUUCUCUUCAUUUCAUUGGUCAGAUCAGUGGUGGGUGUCGUCAACCACCCCAUCGAUGUCACAGUGACUGUUAAGCUGGGAGGAUAUGAGCCCCUGUUCACCAUGAGUGUGCAGCAACAAUCCAUCCAGCCCUUCACAGAGGAUGAAUAUGACCAGCUCACAAAAAAGUUUGGAGACAAUGCGGUAGCCAUGCAGUUCAUCACUCUCUAUAGUUAUGAGGACAUUGUGACAGCCAUGAUCGAAGGCAGUUCAGGAUCAGUAUGGAGGAUCAGCCCACCCAGCAGACAGGAGGUCAUUAAAGAACUACUUGGAAGUCCUGUUGACCUAACACUACGUCUGGCCUGGACCUUCCAGAGGGACCUGGGUAAAGGAGGGACAGUGGAACACACCUUUGACAAACACUCUAUAGACCUGGAACCUGGGAACCCAGUCAGAGCAGAUCUAGCCUCAUUACUGGUUGGCAAUCGCACUGGGCCUGUGCAUGUUCCUAAUAUGUUCCCUAACUACAUCCGCGCCCCCAAUGGAGCUGAAGCCAAACCAGUCAGUCAGCUACAUAAAGGUAAUGAAGAUGGUUACCUGAAUAUAACGCUGUCCCUGAAGAGUGACAGGUCUCUGAACAGCAUUGGGAACCAGGAGUGGUGGGACAUUGCCAUCGCAGGCUGUGCCCCCACCUCAUGUGGGGUUCUUCCCAUGGUCAUAUUCAAUGAUAAAGUCAGUCCACCCAGCCUGGGUUUCCUGGCUGGAUAUGGGAUCAUGGGUCUGUAUGUGUCUGUGGUCUUAGUUAUUGGCAAGUUUGUGCGAGGAUUCUUCAGUGAGAUCUCCCACUCCAUCAUGUUUGAGGAGCUGCCCUGUGUGGACCGCAUCCUGAAGCUCUGCACAGACAUCUUCCUGGUACGUGAGACAGGAGAGCUGGAGCUGGAAGAGGAGCUUUACUCCAAAUUGAUCUUCCUCUAUCGAUCUCCAGAGACUAUGAUCAAAUGGACUAGGGACAUCCACAGUCAAGACCAAGACAGAUACUGACCAACUGUUUGGUUCUAAUACAAUGCAGUGAUUUCUAAAGCACAAUGCAAAAAUGUCCAGGGGACAGCACAUGCACUCCUUAGCAUGGUGGACAUUGACUUAAAGCCAAGGAGACACAUGUAAGGAGAAGUAAUAGACAUACUGUAUGAGUCCUCUCCUGUUGAUGGACACCUGUUGCCUGAUACUUUCAUCAGCUACUUUACCCUACAGAUUAUUGAAAGUGUAACUGCAGUCCCACUGUGGAUGGCAACUGUACGUCUGUCUUCCAGGAUUGACCAUAACACCCCUGGAAGAUAAGCAGUCAUAUUGAGCUGUGUUUGUUAAUGGCCAGAGGUCAAAGGUGAAACAAAAGAGACACUUAAUUCACUGUGUGGCUAAAACCUGAAGCUAGUUUCAGGUUGAACCACCUGUAGUUACUGUAUCAGUAUGAUGACUGACUUGCCAUUGAUGUCAAAACAUCCAUUAAUUCUUCUAAAAGGUAAUGUGUGCGGCAGCCAUGUUUGUUUGCUUUGCAUCAUGAAUCAAUAUUGUAUAAAACAGGUCUGAUUUACACGUUUCUACGUAAUUUACGUAAUUUCUCUUGAGAGAGAGAUGUGGAUAUGUGGAUCUUCUGGAUGACAAGUUUGCAAUUUUGGUUCGUACUGCUUGCCUUUGGUUGACAUAUUAUACCCCAAAUCUAUUGACACACACACACACACACACACACACACACACACACACACAUAUAUAUAUAUAUAUAUAUAUCAUACUGCAAUGUCCUGGGCACAUUAAGUGACUGGUUGCUCCUCUAAUCAAAAGUCAUGACACCCCUUUUGACUAGUGUUUGAUUGGAAUGUAUUCAGGUAAAAUGUUGUGAGGUCAAAUUAGAAUGUCUUAUUGAAGCAUAAAUCAUUUUGGGUUUAAGUGA